GUGUUUUUUUUUGUCUCCGUAUUUUCACAGAAACUUCCUUACCGCGCUUUUUUUCGUUUUUUAUUUGACAAUGGCUGCUUGACCCCACCCACCCUGAUAUCUGAUUGGUCAUAACCAACUUUCUGUUUCCUAGCAACAGCAGUGGAGCCGCACGGAGCCGGUAGUGAGUUUGGGCCCAGAGUUCGGCGCCGUCAGCUCUGCUCGGAGGCCGAAAUGCAGGCGCCCAGAGCGGCUGUGAGCGUGGAGGUGAAGCGGGUGAUCGGAGCUCUCUGCAGGCUGCUGGCGGCCCUCGGUGUGCAGCCUGUCCCCGCGCCGGAGGCCUUCAGACGGGCAAAGUUCGGAGGAAAACCCGAGGAGGAUCCGUUCUGGCAGCUGCUCUGCAGCAUCCUGCAGACAUCAGGGAUGGUUUCCUGUGGGAGCAGCUCCCUGCUGACAGGAGAGAGCAGGAAGCUGGUGGCUGUGGGCCUGUGGCAGAGCGGUUACCACGGUGACUGGAUGUACGAUGGAGGCAGCUGCUCCAGCACGGACCUGCUGCUGGCGCUGGGCUGGCUGCUGGCUGGAGGAGCCCUGGAGAAACUGCUGAGCAGGCGGGUAGAGUGCCUGGACCCAGCGCUGCUGACGUCUGCUCCGCAGAAGCCAGAGUUUUCCGGUGAGGUGGAAGCUGCAUCGCUGAGGAGACUGCAGUGGCUGACGGGUCGUCUGAGACAUCAGGGUCGGACUCUGCUCGCCACCGUUGGAGCGCGAACGCAAGCGCUGCAUGAUGUCCUUUUUACCAGCCAGCUUUGCUCUGCGGCUCCCUCUGCUGGCCAAAGCUCUGCGGCUCCCUCUGCUGGCCAAAGCUCUGUGGCGCUCACAGAGGACUGCGAUCGUCUCCAGCAGCUGUGCGACGUCCUGGACGCCUACGUGAGCUGGAAGCAGACGGAGAAGGUUUUCUGGACCUGGAUGGACAGCGUGGCGGACCGCCGCUUCAGCGAUCUUCAGGUCAGGACGCCCCCUAGGCCCGCCCGGCGGAGUUUGGCGACCUGUUACCAUGGGAACCAGAUGCUGGCGAGGAUGGAGGAGAUGCUGAGGAGACUGCCUGACACACAGGAGCGUCAGAUGGAACUCCAAGAACGACGCUCCAAGGAUGAACACGGCAGGAGCUCUGAGGGCGGGGCCUGUGUGGGCGGGGCCUGUGUGGGCAUUCCUCCCCUCUGUCCCCCUCCCUCGCCUCUCCUCUCUGCUCCCUCCAUUCAGGGCCCGUGUCGUGUCAGGCUGCAGGCUGGGAAGAUGCUCAGCCGUUCAUUGGAGCGGGCCCCCAGCUCCCCCAGCAGAGCCGGGGCCCCCAGCGGGGCCGGGGCCCCGGGGGAGCUGCCUUGUUCUGAGGCUGCAGAGCAGCUGCUUCAGGCCGAGGCUGUCCUCCUGCAGCGCAGGGACAGACGGCGUCUGGCCAACAGGAAGCAGCUGCAGGAGCGGAUGGAUGUUCUGGACCAGCAGGUCUUCAUCCCUCUGUAG